UAUGGCGACGUGAUGGCAAAAGAGAGAUUUGCAAAUACCUUGCCAUUUUGCGGUGUCAGAGAUGGCCACGAUGCUCUGGUUGUUGCCGUUCAUUCAUUUUUGAUAGAAGCUGGAUAUAAAUGUAUUGGAAUUGGGGAACAGGUCUCAGAGUCUGUUGGAAACAUUUCCACAGAUGGUUUACCUCAAGGCUGGAAUAAUUCGCCAGACUUUUAUGCCAUACAGUACAAACAACCCAGUUCAUACCAACGGAAAUUCCUUCUUAAAGUUUUACGUCUGGAUACUAGACUGGCCUUUUUCCUACUGGAUGUGGAAAAAGAAGACAGCUAUGAUCUAACCAUUGAUACCACUGAUUACGUCACUACAGACAAUGAAAAACUGUUACAAAACCUCUAUGACUAUCCACAAGUUAUAAAGAAAUUUGAUCAACUUGAGCAAGUUUUCAAAUCAGACAUCGCAAGUAAAUUGAAUGCAAAGAAAGAGAAAAAACCAGAACCCAAGUCCACCCAAAAUGAACCAACUAGCUCAACCUCAAGACCUGUUGUUUAUCCUGAUGACCCCUUAAGAAUACCACCGAGAAUUCCGCAAGGGUCAAGAGGAAGGGAUCCUUUAAUGUUUGAUCCACGAGGUUUUGGAGAUCCAGACCUUUUGCCUGGGCAUCCAGGAACUGGUGGAAUGUUCAUGGAUCCAUUUCAUCAGCGCAACAGGAGGCCUGAAGGUGACUUUGGUCAUCCAGGAUUGCCAAGAGGAGCAGUUCCUCCAGGGGCAAGAUUUGAUCCAUUUGGACCACCUCAUCCAGAUGGGGGCAUUGGAGGCAACCCUCGAUCUGGUAGAUAUGGCGAACCUGGCCCAGAUCACUUACGACCUCCUGGCUUUGAAGACGACAUGUUUAUGUGAAUAACACACAUUGUGUGCCACUGUGCAAGUAUCAAAACAACAACACAAGCUUUAUUCAAAAUUUAUUAAAAUCUUUUAUAGCUAAGAUACAUUGUAUUCCAGACUUAGAAGCACAGGAUUUAUGAAACAUUUUGGCAAUUAGUAAAGCCAGGUUUGUAUGAACCUGAUUUCUAAAAUGAGGAAAUAAUUUAGCUCAAUUCUAAACAUGGUCUGGUAAGUUCAAUCUGUAAGAACAGUUUGUUUGGUAUUAUCACAAAAUAGGUAUUAUCACCAAUUGCCAAAGCAUUACCAUAAUUGUGUUUCAUCUAGAUAACACUAAAAUUAUCUUUGAGAAAUCCUUUUUAAACUAGCAAAGUUUUCUCAUCUUUAAACUUGGUACUUUGUUAAACCCUAACUACCAUAUUAUGUUACACAUGGUUAGAAAUAAAUCUUUCGAAGUCUA